UCAUAUUAAUGAAGUGAUGAAACAUUUGAACCAAAAGUUAGUAAUCAAAGAAAUGAUGUGUUCAUUAGGUAACCACUUCUUCCUGACUCUCGUCAGACAUGGUCAAACAGUGGCUAAUCGUAUGAAGAUAAUUCAGGGCCAAACAGAUACAAAACUGAGUGAUAUUGGGAUCAAACAGGCGAUACAAUUGUCUCAACACUUGGAUUGCAAUCGAUUUCAACUGAUAUUUUCCAGUGAUUUGAGUCGGGCUUUGGAUACGGCAAAGAUUGUGGUCAAGAAUGAUGAACGCAUUCAAACCGAUACUCUACUUCGGGAACGUUGUUUUGGUACCAUUGAAGGCAACUCUUUGGAUCACUUGAAGGCUGUGGCCAAAGAGCACGGCUUUCCACCGAAACCAUUGCCCGAAUUCACACCAGAAGGCGGUGAAUCACUGGAAGAUGUUAGCAGACGAGUUGUCGACUUCUUGAACAAUCAUUUACUUAAAAUGGUUUCCAAUGAAUCCAAUGGAUCACAUAUUUUGAUCGUAUCUCACGGCGGAGUCAUUCGUCAAAUAAUGAAAUAUUUUAAGAAUGAUCUCAAUUGUGAUUUCAAUGGAUUGAAUCCUAAUAUUAUUACUCCAAACACAUCCGUUAAUGAGUUUAAGCUGUUUUACGACAACAAUCAUCUAAUAUCUGCCGAAUGUCUUAAUCUUCAUGAUAUCAAACAUCUUAUCGGCGAAUGCAAGACAUUGGCUCUCAAUGAGGAACAAAUCAAUGACCCGAAGACUAGCGGACAAUAUGAAGCUCUUUGAAGACUAUUUGUUAGUUUUUAUUUUAUUUUGAGAUUUAUUUUAAUUACUAUCUAUACUAACAAUACAAUAUAAAAUACAUUAUAAAUUGUGGUUAUUUAUGAAUUAACAAUAUAUUUAUAAAUACUGUAAAUCAGAUUAUUUUUAAAAAGUUUUAUAUUACUGGUAAUAAUUUUUUUGU